UUGUUUUUGAUUUUCUGGGUGGUUCUUUGGAUUUUGGUUUUUUGGUUACAUCAUUCAUCCCGAUCAAUGAUUCCCAAGUGAGCUUGACCAUGGUCGAGUCCAAUGCUUGUGAAGAUAUUGAAUGGUACACUCAUACGCGAGGGCAACCUCAUAUGCAACAGAAUUUCUAUAUGCUGCAGACACAGCUGUACGGAGCAGGCGCAUGGACAUUAUCUACAUACAUACAUACCGGAGCAUUUUGCCCGCCAGUUUUUGGCUUGUCUUGUUUGUAUCAUUUCACGAGCAUAUAUGCUUUGUUUAUCUGUCUUUUUUUUUAUUACUUUUCUUCUUUUCCUUUUCCUUUUGUUUCAUAUUCAUCAUCAUUUUUUUUUUUCCAUCUAUUUUCUUCGGGUUUCAUACUAUGCAUUCUCUAAACUGGACCGCUCGCGCGGAACGGCAUAUUCAAGGGUUUUUUUUUUUUUUUUUUUUUUUUUUUUUUCCUUUUUUUCUUUAUGGCAUUCAGGUGGAACGACAUAAUACAAUGGGCAGAGCAAUAUGGAAAAUAUGGGUUACAGGAAGGUCAUACAUUUUUUCAUUCAUCAUCAUCGUCAUCGUCAUCUUUUUCUUUUCUUUUUUCCCCUCCAAUUAUGGAGUGUUCUAUCUAUCCAUUAAUUUCUCACCGCCUCUUUUUUUCUCUUCACUCUGCAUUCGUUUAUUUUUAUUUUUGAAAUUUCUUUUUUUAUCUUCCUGAUUUUUUUCUAUACUCGAGACCGCAAUUCCGCAUCGCAUGCAAAUGUCUCCAUAUUAAAUUUCCUUUCUGCCUACAUCCAACCAACAUACAUACAUCCCACACACGCAAGUACCUUACCCAAGUAUCACU